AUGGCUCAGGAGGGUCAAGAUCUACCCACAUUCAAGUGCGUUCUCGUCGGCGAUGGCGGCUGCGGGAAGACGACCUUUGUAAAGCGCCACAUGACCGGAGAGUUUGAAAAGAGGUACGUGGCCACAUUGGGCGUGGAGGUGCAUCCAUUGAUCUUCCACACAAGUCGCGGCGCCAUCCGCUUCAACGUGUGGGACACCGCUGGCCAGGAGAACUGCUUACUGGGCCACGACUGGUACAUCCAGGGCCAGUGCGCUGUCAUUAUGUUCGACGUGACCUCGCGUAUUGCCUACAAGAACGUUCCCACCUGGCAUCUCGAUCUGGUUCGCGUCUGCGAGAAUAUCCCGAUAGUCCUCUGCGGCAACAAAGUGGACAUCAAGUAUCGCAAGGUGAUGGCGAAAAACCCCGUCUUACACCGCAAGAAGAACCUGCCGUAUUACGACAUCUCUGCCAAAUCGAACUACAACUUCGAGAAACCAUUCCUUUGGCUGGCGCGCAAGCUGGUUGGUGAUCCCGACCUGGAGUUCCUCGCCAUGCCGGCCCUGCUGCCGCCCGAGAUCAAGAUGGACAAGGAUUGGCAGGCGCAGAUCAAGCAGGAAUUGAAGGAGGCUCAGGCGACCGCUCUGACCGACGAGGACGAGGAUAUGUAG